AUGAUAGUUGUUGUCAACUAUGUGGCGUUUGCCUCACUCUUCUUCAUCCUCCUCUCCAUCUCCACCUUCUGCCUGGAGACCCACGAAGUCUUCAACACCAUCUACAACAAAACAGAGAACGUCACCAUUGGCAACAUGACACAUCAGGAGAUAGUCUAUGAAAUUGUCACGGAUUCCUGGCUUACAUACGUGGAGGGCGUCUGCGUGAUCUGGUUCACCAUUGAGGUGAUGAUGCGUGUCAUCUUCUGUCCUGACAAGGCAGAGUUCUUCCGCAGCGCCCUCAACAUCAUUGACUUUGUGGCCAUCGUGCCGUUUUACCUGGAGGUGGCGCUGGCAGGCCUCUCCUCAAAAACAGCCAAAGACAUGCUGAGCUUCCUCCGCGUGGUGCGCUUUGUCCGUAUCUUGCGUAUAUUCAAGCUGACCCGUCACUUUGUGGGUUUGCGGGUCCUGGGACACACUCUGCGGGCGAGCACCAACGAGUUCCUUCUGCUCAUCAUCUUCCUGGCGCUGGGCGUCCUCAUCUUUGCCACCAUGAUCUACUAUGCUGAACGCAUCGGUGCCGACCCGGCAGAUCCGACGGCUGCAGCCCACACGACAUUCAAGAACAUCCCCAUUGGCUUCUGGUGGGCUGUGGUGACAAUGACCACACUGGGAUAUGGGGACAUGUACCCUGAGACGUGGUCAGGAAUGUUGGUUGGUGCCCUCUGCGCCUUGGCUGGCGUGCUAACAAUCGCCAUGCCUGUGCCUGUCAUUGUCAACAACUUCGGCAUGUACUACUCCUUGGCCAUGGCCAAGCAGAAGCUCCCCAAGAAGAGGAACAAGCACAUCCCGCGAGCACCACAGCCGGGCAGCCCCAACUACUGCAAGCCAGAUGCCUUGGCCAUGGCAACCGCCUCGCCCCACAGGCUCAUGGGAAAUGUGCUUGGGCCCGGCAUGGUUGGAUCUGGCAGCAUGAUGGGAACUGGAGACUGCCCACUGGCACAGGAGGAGAUCAUUGAGAUCAACAGGGCAGAUUCUAAGCAGAAUGGAGACACAGCAGCCAACGCGGCCGCCCUGGCCAACGAGGACUGUCCCACCAUCGACCAGGUGCUCGGGGACGAGCGCAGCCCGGCCACCGGAGGCCUCGGCUCCACCACCAGCCGCGAGCGCUACCCACAUGACCGCGCCUGCUUCCUGCUGAGCGCCGGGGAGUUCCAGCGCACGACAGACGGGAACGUUCGGAAAGAGAACUGUUCUGAAAGCCCCGCGCUUAUCAGAUAUAUGCAAAAAGAAGCAGUAACUGUGAACUAAUGCUAACAAAUGAAAAAUCAAAUCAAAUCCAGCUUCUUCCGUCAUUGUCUCAACACCUCUUCUACAAGAGGAGAGAGCCUUCUCCUCACAAGAGAGCGCCCACCAUCAUUUUCAUCCUUCACGUCACGUAUGUCCCGUCACAUGAACCACAACAGCUGAAUGGCGGAUUCAAUGCAACCUCCCACAAAGCGCGAACCAUAAAAGUAGCCGCCGUCGUCGUCGUCUUGUGGGUUCAAGGAAAAUCCUUACAAUACGGAUAUAUGCCCUCUAUUAGAGCAGAGACUGUAUGACUCCAUGACAGUUGUCUGCAAUCAAGACAACACCAUAAACAACCCAUAAUGCAUUGCACUGUGAGAACUCAGAGGCUCAUAGAACCUUCUGACCGCACUACAGGCGAAACAGAGCCGUAGCCAAUAUUUCUUAUAAAAUACCUGCAGGAGACGAGUUUCUCACCGGUUUAUCAUCGUAACUUCCUGUAGAGUCAACAUCGUUUGUUGUUUUCACAAAGUCUUGACGAUGAUUAUACGAAAGGAAGCGUAGGUAUGUCUGUCCAACCAGUGCUGGACAGACACGACUCUAAUUUGGUCACAUGACUUCUUUUGACAAUACGCGUCAGGAUUUCUUCUUCUUCACUAAGAGGUGCAAUGCUGCCCUCUACAGUUCAAAGUUCCCCAUCACGUCUUGAAGUCUGAAAUCAAAGUUCGAACUUUGAGCCAGCAAUGAAAUCUCUGGCCUCCUAAAAUGCCUGACGACAGAUAAUCUUUAUGAACACAGAGUGGUUUGAGACGCACCCCUGUCUUUGAAGAAGUUGCACUGAAUUCCCAGAGUUCCACACUGCAGAGUCAACACGUCUUUCCUUUCCAUCCAUUCACAACUCAGGUAUCUCUUUCUCGAUCUGUCCUCCUGUGGCCCAGUGUCAGUGUUUAGCCUUGUGUCCUCAGAGAUGAACUGUAUGUCACUGUGUCCUCUCUUCUCUGUGUUCUCUGUGUUCUGUGGCCCCUCCCCUCCAUGUAGAAAUACUCUGUUGCUUUCUUUGUCCAAAUGUGCUUCCUGGUUCCCUCUUGUGUCAUCCAGUUGUCUUUCCACCCCUUUCCCAAAAGACUGCAUCCCUGAGAUUUUAUCCCCCUCAACACAUUGUCCAUCGCCCAAGUCUCUCUUAGCAAAACCAAAAAAGGAACUGAAUGGAAGUGGAACACCUUUUGACCAGAUUAAAAGAAUAUGUAAAGGUGUGCACUGGCCUGUCACUGGAUUUCACCUGGAAGGAAGACAGGAAUGGACAUAAAUUAAGACUGGAGUGACGUGUAGAUGUGAGGAGGGGAAAGUGUGCUGUAAAUGUGAUGUGUUCUGAAUGGACUGUCAGCCGAGCAGCGUCAGAGGGAGGAAAUGUGGUGAUGGUGAUGAUGAGGAGGAGGAGGAGGAGGAAGAAAUAAAGAAGCAAAAAAAUCGCUUCUCCAUGUAAGAAUGUGUACCUCACUGUUGUUUGCUUCUGUGUCGUCCUCUCUCACCUGUGUGUGCUUUCUGUGUUGGUGUGACAUUCUUUUGUUUUCUGUUCGUGUGUGUCAUGUGCUGCACUUUAUUUCCGUACUUAUUCUUUCACGUAGCGUUUGUGUGCACCACACCUGGGUCAAACAGCCUGCAGCGACGCCAUCUCGAUCCCACACAGGUGCAAAGGGAACUUAACGCACGAGUGCACCGGAAUGAGAUUAAUCACAAAAUGACCUCGUCUGUCUGAUGAUCAUUAACGUGGGAUGGAACAAACAAAGACAAAAAAGGAUACAAAUGGUUGUGAUUUGGCCAAGGUCUGGUGUGUACAUGUGCAGAACACACCAACUGAGAUGUUUGUGUCUCAGCUCUUGGUCUGGAUUUCAGCCCAGUCCUGGUUGGCUGCAGUCCUCUGGUUCUAACUUUGAUCCCUGACCUUGAGGUCUCAUGGUCCCAUCAAUUCCAAAAGAGUUUUUUUUUUAUCCAAAAUGACCAUGUGUUGUAUCAGAGGACUGAGUAUCAGAGGACUCCAGGAAAGAGAGAGAGCGAGUGAAACGUUCAAUGUGUUUGGUGUAUUUGCAUGUGGACAGGGCUGGGUGAGCUUUUUUUACUGAUUGAUUUGAUUUAUUUUUCGUCAGUGCUGUAAAUACAGAACUUCACCGUAUAAACACAGGUUGAUGAAUCCAUCUAUGCAGAUGACAUUCUUGUAAACAUCUGCUCCAGACCUGGAUGUUACUAAGGCUACAUCCAUACCGCUACAUUUCCAUUCGACAAAUGAUUUAGAAGUGAUCUGACCUUUCAGGCACGCCGUGUCAUUGCAUGCAGGUGUAAACAGGAAGUUGCUUCUCACCUCUGCAUUUGUUAGUUUAGUUUUAUUUGAUGAAAAGUGAAACUCAAAUGGCCCUAAUUUAAUGAUCUAAAGUGCAUUAGGGCUCAUUUUGCUGGUCACUUGCUCAAAAGGGGUUUCAUUUAGUGUCUGCAUUAUUUGUAGGUGUGUUUUGAGCCUAACAUCAAUGAAGACAAUCCGAGUUAUCGCCUGUCAUUCUCUUUACCUACCUAUGCACCGCUUGUGCCUGAGAUUCUGCUCGUACUCCGGGAGUGACAGGAUCAAGAAUUAAAAAAAGAGAGAAAAAGAAACACAAGGAAAUUGAGAAAAGAAAAGGUUUGAAGUUAAGAUCAAGCACCAGAAGUUGAUCGUCUCAAAUGUGGCUCUGAUGCAAAUAAUCGCUGUCACUUUCCAGAUGAGAUAUAGUGUCCAGACACUCGGCUUGUUAUUUCGAUUAUCAGCUGAAGCAGCACUAGGAGAGGGACAGACAGAAGCACACCAGCAGCUCAUGGUUUCGCUCUGAUCCUGCGUAAAGGCGGCACAUCCCUGGCAACACCCCCUUCCUACGCUAAUGAGCAGACCCUCGUGGUCCUUCGUCAGUGGACAACAACAACAACUCCCUUAGACAUCUAAAGGAGUUGUUGAUUGACUUUACACCAGGCAUGUGUUGGUCAAUGGUGCAGUAGCUUUGUGCGCCGACCACACCUCAUUUUAAGACCAAAGGAUGUGAAAAUAAUAACUGGGUCUGUGCUCUGUGCCAGGUGUAAGAUAGAGUCCUAAGAACCAAUCACAAGUGUGACUGCACAUGUCAGGGUAUCGUCACGUGCAAACAAACAUGGAGUCGUUUGGAUGUAGCCUUAACCCAGUCUCUGAAAUACUAAUGCAUUUGUUUUUGUUUGUUUGUUUUUUAAAUAGUGUUAGCAUCUAAAAUGUUCUCAUUAAAUAUCGUGUACACAUUUUAGGAGCAUGGUGUGUAGCAAACAAAAGUCAUAUUUCCCACUUCAUGUCCUGAAUGAAUUCUCUUUUCUUUUUCCCUUUCAGUGCUGAGUUUCUAACCAGCUCCUCCU